AUGCCGUCCAAAUUUACCGAGAUACUUGAUCCUGGCUUUCAAAGCACAUCGCCGAAAUCAGAUGUUCGCCUCGAAGACAUUAUUGGAGCGGCAGAACUUUCACAACGCGCUCGCACCUCAUCUGAGGCUAGUUCUCGGAGUGCUAGUUCGUCCAGUGCCGACAGAAUGGGUGAAAAGAGCAGGAGAAGACUCUCAAAGUUGUUGACUGGCGCAAAGAGAUGA